GUGAACGGCUGAGCAGAGAGUCCGACAAGCUGGGGAUCAUGAUGUUACGUGAAUGGAUCUCAACGUAGAUUUUUUUUCAAAUUUUAUAGACGUAGAGGAAUCUACUUGAAUCACCGCUGUUGUUUUUCCGAUUGACGUAGACUGACUCAUUUCUACUUAUGAUCACAGCUGUAGCGGAAGCAUCUCGAGUUGUUAGAUAGUUGUAUCCGUCUGAGGUGAACAAGAAAUGACGAACAGCAUCUCGAGUUGUUAGUUGUAUCCGUCUGAGGUGAACAAGAAAUGACGAACAGCGUCUCGAGUUGUUAGUUGUAUCCGUCUGAGGUGAACAAGAAAAGACAAACCGCCAGCAAGGUGAACGUGAUAUGUCAAGAACAUGACUCGUACUCAAAAAAACCAAAUUCCGUUUUUCAAAUUCAAAAAUAGCAAAUGGACGGCUUCUUUAGUCUUAAGUACCUCUCGAGAAGAUCCUCUCCAGCUGGUGGACCUGCAAUUAGGACACGCUAGCUUUUCUAACGGGAAGCGACACCUUUCGACACUUGCUCUUUGUGGAUAUUGUUGCGGCGCGUAUAGGCAAGGUGGUACGACUGCGGAGAGAGGCAGAAGGCUUCGUCCGCUUUGGGUCAGCCUCGCGAAAAGUGACGGCAGCACCCUUGAAGUUCCGAAUGCCAGUAUAUGGACAUCUUAUGGCACACAGAAAAAUAGAAGUAUCUAGAAAUAUAGUGCCAAAAGAUAAGCAAGAUGAGAAGAUUGUAAGAAUAAAUGAGAAUAGCCGUCUCUAGUUCUGAUUAUUGCAUGGAGGAUGUUGCCGGACGACAUGUCAUCGUUGCUGGUACUAGGUUACAUACAAAAUGAAUAGCACACAGGAUCAGGUUGGACUAAAUACAGGUUAAUCAUAGGCUUCUUAUACUUUUGUGGCAUAUAGAAUCAGUCUUUACUUGUGAACAAAUGGGACACCAGAAAUGAAUCUCAAUCUGCUUGCUGAGGAAGCCAUCAAUCUGCGAUGCAAGCUCUAACCCGGAGACGUGUCGACCGAUAGCGAACAGCAUUCAGGUGAAGGGCCUCUGGGAAUAGCAGUGCUUUCGAAGACUAACGUCGAGGUUAGUUGAAGUUUAUUUUCACAAUGUGAGAGAGUGUUACGCACGUAAGUAAAAAUAUGAUGAGUUUUUGUAUCAAUGUAGUUUUCGUAUGACCAAAACGAACUAUAGAGCAAGCACAGGACCUGAACAUGUAGUUUGCCAGCUCUCGUGAGACUUUUGUUACCCAUAGCUUCUACGUGGUUCGAAUGAAUGAAACCUUUUCCAAGAAUGUUGAUCUCACUUACUUACACGAUUGAGGAUAGUCAGAAUGUCCUGUCCUAGAAGAUCUAUUAUGGUCCACUAAUACAACAUCACAGAAAACAAAGUGAUCCGAUAGUUGUCAACAUGAACUAUGCGUACGAUGUUUUCACAGAGAUUGCCGGAGAAGUUAUAGUAGAUUCAUUGAUAUUUUUAAUGAGUGAGUGACUAAGGAUCAUUAUCAUGUUGAAGAUAAAAAUGUCAUACAACGGAUAAGUUGUUGUGCCGGGAUAAUAGUCCUCUGUUGGAGUGGAAUAUAUUCAAGAGAAACAUCAAGUUAAUGAACCUAAAUUGAAAAGAAAUUCGUCUACACAAGAGAAGCAUCAAGUUAAUGAACCUAAAUUGAAAAGAAAUUCGCCUACGAAUGCGAAGAACAGCAUUAUCAGGGACCCAUGCAUGACAAGUCAACAUAGUCUUUUUGCGGUCUGAUACCUUGUCAUGGUAUUUUUUUAACUUGUUUGUAAGAGGAUUAUUUUUAUUCCAUGCAUGCUCCCGACUACAAAAACAGGUGUUGAGGUAAGAAGCCGCUUUUUGAGGUCUGAAGCUGCUUCUUGAGGUAUGAAGCUGUUUCUUGAGGUAUGAAGCUGCUUCUUGAGGUAUGAAUUUCUAGUACUUAUGUUCUUGAGG